AUGAAAGAAAAAUGGAACUAUAUUUUGUAUCUCAUAUGGUUCGCUUAUCUUAUUAUCUCCGCGGGCUUGAUGUUCGCACAUGGUUUUCUUUUAUCACGAAAAUCACUAAGCGAUGUAACCGAGUGUGUGCCAUUGAGUGACUUCGGGUGUGAUGGCUGGGAAAAAGGAAACUUGUCAAAUGUGUGUACUGACGAAGAAAAGAUUCAACGUAUAUUAUCGAAUCCAGGGUCUGACAUAGCUUGCCCUCCUGCUCGGACUCGUGCGGUGUUUUUACUGGUGGACGCCUUGCGAUAUGAUUUUGCAGAAUACGAUCCUCGUAUCAAAACGCCUUUACCCUACCAGAACCGUCUUCCAAUAAUAAAAGAAACACUAGAUAAAUGGCCUGAACGUAGUCGUCUGUAUCGAUUCAUGGCUGAUCCACCGACGACUACAUUCCAGCGUAUCAAAGCUCUCGUUACUGGUUCCUUGCCGACUUUUGUUGAUGCCAGCUCUAAUUUUGCUGCUAUAGAAUUGCAUGAAGAUAAUAUAAUCAAUCAGGUUACAAAUGGUGGAGGUAAAGCAGUAUUGUUAGGUGAUGAUACAUGGUCCCGUUUGAUGCCAGGGAAGUGGUUACGCUCUCAUGCAUUAUAUUCAUUCCAUACAUGGGACUUGGACACUGUAGAUGCAGAGGUAGAUACAAAAAUAUAUGAUGAGUUAAAGAAGAAUGAUUGGGAUAUAUUAGUGGCUCACUAUUUAGGAGUAGAUCAUGCUGGCCACAGGUAUGGACCAAAUCACCAGGAAAUGACUAGGAAAUUGCAGGAAACUAAUGAUCGCUUACAGAAAAUUAUUGAGAUACUUCCACCAGAUGUUCUAUUAUAUGUUGUUGGAGAUCAUGGAAUGACUGAAACAGGUGACCAUGGAGGGGAAAGUAAAGCCGAACGAACUGCUGCAUUAUUUGCUUAUCGUAGUGAUGGACUUGGUGGAGACAGUGGCCAGCGGAAUGUUGGUAUAGAAGUGCAGCAGACAGACCUAGCUCCUACGUUAAGUGCGGCACUAGGACGUCCACCACCUGCGCCAUCCCUUGGAAGUGUUUGGCUUCCCAUUUUACCAAAAAUGACAGUUCUACGUACUUUACUACACUUAAGUAAUAAUCUAAAACAGAUCAGACAGUACCUAAUACGUUAUGGAGAAGAGUCUCAACAGGUUGCACUUGAUAAACUUGCUCAUCUUAUUAAUGCCACUAGAGAACAAAUAGAAAAAGCUUCGUUAGUUGAAACUGAGCAAGAAUUAAACAAUUUUAUGAAUGAUGUGAGAGGACUGAUUGAAAAUAUUCGUAUAGUAUUCCGUGAAGUAUGGGUUGAAUUUGAUUCACUGUCUAUGUUACGUGCUCUACUCUUACUUCUUUUAGCUAUUUUCUUUAACUGGUUGAUCACAGAAGGGGUGCCUAUGGAACAUAUUCCUUCGAUAUUUGCUAGUUCUUUUGUCUCAAGUGGUAUAUCUGCAAUGGCAGUGUGCAUAGGUAUAUGUUAUAGUGCAUACCAUUUUGAACUCAUAGAAGAUCUUGAACAUGCUAUAUAUUUAAGUACUGGGUUGAUAUCUGGCGCAAUCACGUGCACUCUAGUCAUAAUGCAUUGGGACGGCAUCACACAAAGGUGGUAUGAAGGACGUUCACUGUUUUAUGAACGAUUUUCUAGAGGAGCACUGGUGGCAUCAGCUGCUGUUUUAGUAUCAAAUAGUUAUAUCAUCGAAGAAGGAGCUGGUCUAUCUUUUUUAGGAUUAAGUGCUCUGGGUUUGAUGGCUUGGAAUGUGGGAACAAUCAAAGCAUUGGCUGUGUGGGUGUGCUGUGGGGUAGUGUUAGCGAUUACUAGAUCUUACAGGGGAUGUAGGGAAGAACAAGGUGAUUGUUGGACAGAGGGAGAAGGUAUUCCUACAGGGCAAGCUACUAGGGCUGCGCUAGUUUUAGCUUUAGGAUCUGUUGCUGCUGUGGUAGCUGUAGCCAGACGUCACAUUGGGUGGCGUGGUUAUGGUAUUGUAUUGGCUGGCUUAUUCGCUUGCGCUCACUGGGCAGUAGGUUGGGGUAGUUUGGGGUCACCCAGUAGGUCUAGAUUAUUAGCUCGUGGAUCAUGGCUAGUAUUAAUCACGAUGUUUGCAAUGCUCUGGAGGAAAGAAGGCAAAGGGACCAUACUGCCGUUAAUAGCGUGCAGUUUAAUUUUGUAUAUUGCUAACACAUUGGUUUUGGGGGUAAGUUUUGCCCCAACCGCUGCACUGGCUCUUCUAACAGGAUUUCUAGUAUUGAAUAUAGUUUCAAUGUUGAGGAGCAGUGGGAAUUCGAAGUUUUCAUUAUCAACAAGGUGCAGCUCUAGUGUCGCAUGCGUUUGGGCAUUAUUUGCUUCCUAUUACUUUUAUGGGACCGGCCACCACGCUACUUUGGGACAUGUACGGUGGGCGCCCGCGUUUCACGCCGGGGAUCCUAACUACCUCGUCAUAGGAACACCGAUCAGUGCCGCGUUAGUGUCUCUUGAUCUUUUUGGAAUGCCUCUAAUGUUCGGUGCAGCGGUGCCUUUGCUGGCUCUGUGGGGCAGAAAUGGAGCUAACAAUGUAGGCCCAAGGACGCAGCUGGCAGCUGUCUUCUUGUUGUGUCUGAAAUUUUCUUUGUGCUUCGGUAUUAGGGUAUUCGCUAGCGCGCUGUCAGCUACUAUUCACUGCCGUCAUCUGAUGAUAUGGGGCGUAUUUGCUCCUAAAUUGAUAUUCGAAUAUUUAACUUGUGCCGCCGCACUUUUAGGCACCAUUAUAGGUGCAACUUUGGCUACUUGGCACACUUCCGUCCAACAGCGGUCUAGUUGA